AUCAAAAUCACGAUCAUCUGUUGGUUCAGUUCAACUAUCUCCUAAUAAUUAUGUUAACUCUCACAAUCAGUCAUGCAAUCAUUGUGAUCAAAGUCGUUAUGAAAUAUGUAAUGUAAACAGUUCAACUUGUCAAUGUCCUCCAUUCACAUAUUGGAAUAAUGGAAUGUGUAUGACACAAUUGUUUCAAGGUCAACUAUGUUCAAAUACAUAUGCUUGUCGGACGGAUCUCAAUCUUUCAUGUCAACCAAGUUGUGACUUUACUUAUCGAUGCUCUGCUUCUCCAGUCGUAGGCAUUGGUUUGACAGUUGCUGGCUUUUGA